CCUAAUACUUAUUCAAACUAUUUUCUUUGUCACUGUUCUCCAUUUAGUUAUGCUCUAAACCUUUGUGCAGUGCUUCUCCUUUGGGCCUAAACCCUUUCGGCGGCAGACAACCUUAAACAAUGAGGAAGAACAAACAUGGGUUCAGGAAACCCUUUGUGAUGAAAAAGUUUAAGCAACCGGAAGAGCAACCGACCGUGGAUCCUAUUACGGGAAAGAAAAUCCCCAAAAGUUUUGUCUUUUCACGAGGGAAGAUUCCGGCCUCUCUCAAACAGCUUCAGAUGGACCUCAGAAAGUUGAUGCUCCCAUAUACUGCUCUCAGCCUUAGGGAAAAGAAACGGAAUAAUUUGAGAGACUUUCUGAAUGUUGCUGGACCCAUGGGUGUCACGCAUUUCUUUAUAUUGUCAAAAACUGCAAGUUCACCUUACUUGAGGGUUGCAACAACCCCUCAAGGGCCUACUCUUACGUUUAAGAUACAUGAAUAUUCAUUGGCUGCUGACAUUGCUCGAUCUCAAUUACAUCCUAGAUGCCCUAAGGAUCUUUUCAAAAAUUCUGCUUUGAUUGUGCUUUCUGGAUUUGUGAGAGGAGAUUUACCUCUACAGCUUACAACUAACAUGUUUCAGAAUAUUUUUCCAACAAUUGAUGUCAAAACUGUUAAGCUCUCCACUUGCCAAAGAAUCUUGUUGCUUAAUUAUAACAAAGACACUAAGCUCAUUGAUUUUCGGCAUUAUUCCAUAAGAUUACAACCUGUAGGUGUUUCACGCAGAUUAAGAAAACUUGUACAGACCCAUCAGGUUCCUGAUCUAAGGAAUCUUCAAGACGUUAGUGAUUUUGUCACAAAGGCUGGCUAUGGAUCCGAAAGUGAAGCUGACGAGGAAGCAGCAACAAUUACUUUGUCUAGUGAUCUUGGUAGAGUUAAUCGUGCCUCUACAAAAAGUGCUGUCAAAUUGCAAGAGGUUGGACCCAGGAUGACUCUUCAACUAAUUAAAAUUGAGAAGGGACUGUGUGCGGGUGAAGUUCUCUUCAGUGAAUAUGGAAAUACUGGAGGCAAAGAAAAAAGUGAUGAGAUGGAAGGUGAAGAAGAUGCAGAAGGCCAGAAAGAAGGAGAACAUGCAGAGGAUAGUGAAGAUGAAGACGAAGAUGAAGAACUUGAUUAGUCGCAUAGUGGUAUCAGAUGGUGGUGUAACAUUCAAUUUGUGUUGUAGAAUUUUAACACUGCAAAACUGAUAGAUGCCACUGGAAAUUUUUUCACAUCGAGUAUUCCGGUGGUUGUGGAAUACAAUUAAUGUUCCUGUCAAAAUCCAUAAAUUUAGAGUAAUCAAACGAUGUUCGUUUUUACUAUCAAUUUUAUUUAUAACUUUACUUUCA